AUGACAUCUGCUCUGGCUCCACACAACAGACCUCACCUGAAUCCCAUUCAAGCCUGUGCAGUCCAUCCACUUCCACUGUCCAGCCAUGAUCCAGACCAGCCCCUCAGAAAUAUCUUCACCAGACUGGACAAUGGACAGCAGAGAUCCAGGUUCAGAAUAGCUCCCACCUCAGUCUACGAAGCCUACACUUCCUGUCAGAGCCCUCAUGUCCUCCAGGAUUGCCAAUUUUCUAUUUUACUCAUCAAAUUUGAUAUAGCUGAAUGUGAAGAGGAUCUUGGUACUUAUGUCCAUGGACCUGUAGCUUAUAAUAAACACAGACUCUGA